AGGGUAAUUGUGUCAAGAUAAGCGUCAAACUGUCGUCAGUUUCCCCAUCUCCUGCUUGCCUCUCAGCUUCCAAGUCCCGGUGAAGUUGAAGACCGUAAAAACAUCUUCAACCUCACGCGGCCUUCGUUUUUCCAUUAACAUGGACAAUGGAAAUUCCCAUCCUGCCCUUGUGCCCUGCACCGAAGACCGCAUCAAGCUCAACGUCGGCGGCAAGUUCUUCGAAACCACCUUGUCAACGAUGCAGGCCGGCGGACCCGACUCUCUCUUAGCCGCCCUAUCGAACCGCUCCACCGACGACCCGAACCCGGUUUUCAUAGACCGGGACCCGGAGAUCUUCUCCGUCAUCCUGUCUCUUCUCCGAUCGAACGGUCUGCCUUCAACGGCUCGCCGAUUCUCCAAGCAAGAGCUUGCCGAUGAAGCACUCUACUACGGCAUCGAGUCGCAGCUCAAGUCGGCUAUGUCGCCGCCUCCUUUCUCCGGUAUCGACGCCUCCAUCGUCACCACCGUCCAACCAGCCUCCGAUGGCUGCCCCUCAGCGAUCGCCACCGGCGACGAUGGCUCCGUCUGGAUUGCCCAUGGCGGCCAGCUGUCGAGCUACGAUUGGAAUCUGAGCCAUUCCGGAACGAUUCGAACGCAUUUGGAGGACAUAACCUCGAUUUGUCGAGUGUAUCCUGACAUCGCCGCCGUAGGAUCCGAAUCAUCUGCGGGGCUUUACUUCUACGACUUCUCCGGCGUGCGAAACCUCGGGUCGAUCCACUGGACCGACCCGAACGAUCCGAGAAUCUUCAAGGCCCGAGUCACCGCCAUUGCCGACUCGCCGGGCUCGGUCUUCGCGUCGUUCGAUUGCCCGCACCGAGAGAAUUGCAUACUCUUGAUCGACAAAUCCACGCUGAAGAUUGUGUCGGAGCUAAGCCGGCAGCCGGGGAGCUCGGCGAAGAACCUAGCCGUUGGAAAGCUGAGGUGGCUUCCAGAGACGAGCAUGGUAGUUGGGAGCUCGGUCACGAGCGGCGCGUUUGGGUACUCGGGGUAUAUCCGAAUUUGGGACCCGAGGGCGAAUGAGAUGGUUUGGGAAGCGAUCGAGCCGGGUUCGGGCCGGAGCAGUAGGUUCGGGGACUCAUUCGCUGACGUGGAUGCCGACGUCGAAGAGUCGACCCUGUUCAAGGUGUGUUCAAAGUCUGGGGAUUUGGCAGUGGCAGACUUGCGUAAACUAGGCGAUGAUCCGUGGGUUUAUUUACAAGACAAGAACCCGAGCAUGAGGAACACAAGCGGCGAUCGGCCGGUUGGCCAUAGCAGUAGUGUAAUUCGCUGUUACAGAAAGCAAGUGUUUGUUGGGAGGGAAGGUGGGUUGGAGGUUUGGUCGAGAGUGGGAAAAGCAGAAAACUGGGUGGCAAUAGAAAAUGGGGUUUGUGAGGGGUGGUAUAGGAGGAAUUUUGUGGAUAAAGUUGAGGAUUCUGAGAGAGGGGUUAUACAGAAAAUCGAAGGCGGCGGAGAUAGGCUCUUUGUGAUAAGAGAAGAAGUUGAAGGUGUUGAGGUUUGGGAGAGCUCUUGUUCUUCUGGUGCAGUUUCAGUUUUGUGAUUAAGAAGGAGGCUCUGUAAUAUCAAACACUGUAUUGGUACUAUGUUUUGCGUUUCUGGGCAUAUUGGCAUUAUGGCACAUUGUCUCCUUUACCUGGUAUUUUCUUAUGUAAUUACGUGCUAAGAGAGGAGUUACCUUGAAAGAAAGUUGGUAUGGAGUGGAGGAAUGUCAACAAUGAGAAGUUUGCAUCAUUCACAUGAUUGAAGGCUUUCAAUUAGCUUAGUCUCAUUUAAGUCAGGGCCAGUGAUUGCAGACAUGUACGUCAACAACGCAUUUGCAAAUUGCUGGGGACCAAAACUCUUCUCAUGCAGGGGUUUGGGAUUUUUGUCAAUGUCAAUACCGCCAGUACUUUCUAAAGCCACAGGCACCUGAGUGUAUAUGAGACUGAAUGCGUAGAUGAGCAAAUUGCGGAAAUUUUUGGUCUCUUAACUUAAGCAUGCAACCAUGUGCACUGCAAGGUUGUCCAUCUACUUUGAAUGUCCCUCGGCCAGUUGGUCUAUCAGGAGGCAGAAUUGGGGUUUGCCACAUGAUUUAAUCCCCUAAUUUCUGAUUGUUUGUGGCAAAUCAAGAUCAAGAAAGGUAACUCCCCCAGUUGGAACAUCAUUUGUACUUUCAGUAGUAAGUUGUGUUAUUGCUCUACAAGCUGAUCCUCGGGAAGCUAGAUAUGGUUAUGAACACGGUAUGAUUGACAAGAUCCAUGAGGCCAUCCGCAUGAGUCUGUUCUGGGUUCUUACACACAUCUUCUCCUUGGAGCCAUAAAUAGAAUCGGUGAUAUGAGCUGUGCUGGUAUUUUCAAGGGUUUAUUAGUGAAAGAGGUGACUAGCAGGUACUUGAUCGAUGUUCACUUGGUGUGCAAGUGGACUGAUGUUCAGAAGACAAGGAAACACCGGGCCGCUACCAGGGGAUGAGGAAACUAAUGAGCGAUUUGAUGAUUUGUUGUACAAAUAUGAUUAUCAGAAUGAGCAGAUAAGUGGUGUAUGAAGUCAAUUGCAGAAUGGUAUGUGCUGCUGGGUGUCAUUGAUCCGCAGAUAAUGUAUUCGUCAGCAGUGUAUGAAAUCUGUUACCAGAUAAUGAAAUACCCUCCUUAUGCAAUGCAAGCACUAUUUUUAACAAUUUUGACUAUUGUGAGGUACAACUCCAAUCUUCACAAUCUCAAUCAUGAAGAAUUCUUUUAAUUAUUUAUUUAUACUCGUUUUUAUUUUUAAAUAAGCACCUGAACCAAUCAUAGAGGCAGGGCUGUUUUAAAUACGAGCUUCGUAGUAUCAUACUCAACUCAAUUAACUAAAAUAUUUGUCUUCAACUUUUUAUUUUAUAAAAAGUCAGAAACCAAGGGACUGAAAAUACGAAAAUAUUUGUCUUCUAAAAUUGGUGGCAGAGCAGAAUGUCAACGUGUGGAGUUUAGACAUCAAUAUCCUCACGCGGCAGGGAAGAACAUGACUUAGAUGUUUAUUAAUUAAACUUCUGCUAAAUUAGAUUAUUAAGAGGAAUGCAACAUAAAUUAUUUGUUUGCUACACUGGACAGGUCUAUUCUUCUUUAGUUAAAAAGGAAAAAACCUUCUAACUGUGCAAGUUCUGUGAACUAAAUUCUUCCAUUGGCAAAACUCUGUUAGGCUGCUGUUCUUUCUUUCUUCCUCCCCAACUGUUCCUCCUCAGUCCUCCUCACAAAGUGAGAUGUUAGAAAUGUUAACUUUGGUGAAGAUCACUGGUAACUAGACAUAGCUACCCUUUGAGCCAUUACUUGUUAUAUGUUUGACUUUUUUUUAAUCUAAUCUUCCAUCAUGCAUAGCAUUUUCUUUAAUUCUUUUGCUUCUGCUCCUAAACUGUACGUAGUGCUGACAUGGGCGGAUGUCCUCGCUGCGUAUGCAAUGUGGAUGACCAUGGUAUACUUAACUGAGGUAUGGAAGCUCAAUUUCACACAUGCUGCUGCAAUUGUCAAUUUGUACUGGGGCAUUGUAGCCGUACUACCAGUGGGCUUGCAAUUUCUUGUGGAUGCUUUCAUGGGUAACUAUUGGAUGGUCUUGGUCUCCAGUUUCGCGUACAGUGCUGGCUUGGGUUUUUUGUCAAUGUCAACACCACCAGCUCUUGCUGGGGCAACAGGCACUUGCAGUGCAUAUGAGCCGGAGUGCAUAGGCCAAGGACAAAAAAUCCUCUUUUAUACAGCAGUAGCUCUAAUAGCUGUGGGAAUGUCUGGUCACUUAACCUCAUUAGGGGCAUUCAUUGCUGAGCAGUUUAUGGACUCACAAUCAGACCUUGACGACAGCAUGCCCUGUCACUUUUUCCUGAGCUUCUUGAUGGUGAUCCUCAUCCCUAUAGCCGGAGUUUUUGCUAUUUAUUAUAUAAAGCCUUGGUCAAUUAGGUAUGGCAUCCCAGCCAUAUGUACCUUGGUAGCAACACUUAUUUUCUUGACUGGUUCGUGUUCAUAUCACACUCAUAGAGCACAAGGCAGCCCUCUCACUACUCUGUUUAGGGUGUUUGUGGCCUCUGCCUCCAAAAUAUUCAGAAGAUGCCCGAGAGAUGCCUCUCAUCUCUAUGAAAAACGUGAUGAUGGUUAUCAGAUAUCUCAUACUCAUCGCCUCAGGUGUCUAGACAAGGCUGCGAUUAUAUUAGCCGCCCAACCUCUAGAGCAACAACAAAAUAAUAGGUGGAGGCUUUGCAGAGUCACAGAAGUGGAAGAAACCAAAAGCAUCCUAUGCAUGAUUCCCAUAUGCACAACCUUUAUCCUAAUGGGUGUUGUAUCUUCUAUUGGAAAUACCUACUUUAUCGAGCAAGCAACUCACAUGAAUCGAAAAGUUGGACGCAUAAAGGUUCCUCUUCCAAUCCUUCUAUGGUUCUAUGACCGUGCCAAACAACAAUUUGCCAAAAGCUACUUCCAAAUUGGAGGACUAACAAGGUAUGGCCCCCUAAUUGGAAUUGCUGUGUCAAUGAUAUUUGCAAUUCUAUGUUGUAUCACAGCUGCAAAAGUGGAGACAAGAAGGUUAGGCGUGGUUAAGAGACACGGUCUAAUUGACAAGCCUGAGGAAACAAUUCCCAUGAGCAUCUUUUGGUUGCUUCCACAGUUUCUUCUCCUCGGAGGCCUUGAUGGGAUUGCAGACAAUAGCAUUGGUUGGUUCUUCAUUGAUCAGGUCCCUCCAUCCAUGGCUCGGUACAUGGUUCUAUUUGCUAUUGCUCUUUUUGGAGUGGGGAUUAUGGGCAGUGUCUUGUCAGUUUAUCUAGUGGGUGAGAUAAGUGGAAGGGGAGGGAAACCCAGUUGGUUUCAAGAGACUCUAAACAAGAGUCGUUUGGAUCAAUAUUAUUGGACCUUGGCUGCAUUGGCUGCAGCUAAUCUUGUUCUGUAUGUUUUGAUGAGCAUUUGGUAUGCUUAUAACGAUUUAAGGUUGGAGGACGACGAAGCACCUGAUUAUGGGGAAACUGCUGAGCCAUUUGA